ACGCUGCGCUGCUGGCAGGGGUGCCCGAGGAUAUCCUUUGCUUCUCCCGCUCCUUUGAGGACCUCACCUGCUUCUGGGAUGAGGAGGAGGAUGUGGCGAGCAAGACGUGCCACUUCUACUACUGGUACAGCAGAGAUGUGCCCACAGCAUGCACAGUCUCCACGUGGCACUGCGGGGCCGGCAGGAUGCGGCACGUCUGCGUCUUCCCCGGCCAGGACGUGCGGCUCUUCAUCCAGCUCCACCUCCGCGUCCUGGAUGCCACCACCAACCAGACCAAGUACCGGCGGGAGCUCAGUGUGGAUGCGGUGGGUCUCAUCGCCCCCCCGGUGAACAUCACAGCCCACUGGGCCGGGGCUGCAGGGCAGCUCUGUGUGUUGCUCGCCGACUACGUGAACUUCUUCCUCUACGAGGUGCGGUGCUGCCCUGCCAGCUCCCCAGAGACACCCUGCAGCACCGUGUUGGACCCUGGUGGGGAGCACCCUGGGGACCCCUCCAUCCGGCCAGCCAGCAGCUCCCACACAUCCACAGCUGGGGCAGCUGCAGCUUCCCCAGGAGUGGGGCAGGGGCUGGUCCAGUCCACCACAUGGGUGGUCCUGCGGGACCUGCGGCCAGGGAUGAGGUACCACAUCCAGGUGCGCAGCAAGCCCGACGGCACCUCCAUGGAUGGCGUCUGGGGGCCCUGGUCGCAGGAAGUGGCUGGAGAGUUUCCUCCGGUGAGCAGAGACAUUGGGCUGUGCUGCAGCACCCCUGACCUGCGGCAUGUGCGCUGCGAGUGGAGCUGGGACCCCACAGAGCUCAGCAGCUCCCACCAGCUCUUCUACCAGGCACCUCCGAGCGGGGCUGGCACAAGGGAAGAUGCGUGGCAGCAGUGUGAGGAGGAGAACAUGGGGGUGCAGGGCACCUACACUUGCACCUUCCAGCCCAGGGCUGGCAGCGCUAUCUCUGUCCUGGUGAAUGUCACCCGGCCCCAUGCGCCACCCACGCUCAGCUACUUCAAGGAGCCCUUCUGGCUGCACCAGGCUGUGCUCACAGACGCCCCACAGGUCGUGCAGGCGACAGUGUUGCAGGGUCGGCUGAGCCUGCAGUGGCUGCCGCCCCUGGAGGCACUUGCGGAGCAGCUGGACUACCAGGUCCGCUACGCUGUGGAGAACAGCCAUGACUGGAAGGUCCUGCAGGUUCCACGGGCAGCCCAGAAGGAAGUCCUGGACCUACGGACAGGCGUCCGAUACCGUGCCCAGGUGCGGGCCCAGCCCAGCGGGCCAUGGUACCAGGGCAGCUGGAGCGCCUGGUCCAAACCUGUCAUGGUUGACGCCAUGGCCGAUGCAGGUAAGGGACAGGGCUGAAACGGUGGCUACAGCCAGAGGAGCCACGUGGCCAAGGGCAGGAGACAGAGAUCCCAGCAUUCCUCCUCCAAUGCAGGCUGGAUCAUCCCGAGCGUUACGGUGGUGCCACUGCUCUUCACAGGAGUGCUCCUGGGGCUGCGGUGCACCUUCCCCUCCCUCUACAGCAACGUGAAGCAGAAGCUC